UGCGGUUUAAAUUAUUGAGCUAUUCCUCCCCCCAUAAUGCCAACAUUAAAGAUUUCAUUCUCGUUAUAUCAUAUUUUGAUAUGUGAGCUUAAAUGAUGAGUAUUGGUUUGGACCCAAGAUAUAUCUUCGCGGUGCCAUACCAUAACACUCAUAUAUGGUGGCCUAGGCCACCACACUCUUCUUUGUGAAGAGUUGGAGUUGUUUGGUUUUUCAUUGGAUUUUAUUGACAUCUCCAUGUUCUUAUGGGAAAUCACUCUAGUUUGGCCUUAUUUGCUCAUAUCUUGCAAACUUGAGUGACCAUGUACCAUUAACAGUUUGUAUCUUCUAAAACCUAAGCCUACUCUCCCCUAUAAGCCAUUUCCAUCUUGCUCAUUUGUCAUGUUUGGUAAAAAACUUGGAGUUUGAGGUUUUUCGGUCGGAUGAUCUAGGGUGCUCCAUCUUAUUGGUAAAUUUGUACCUUAUAUGUGACGUGAUACUUUAUUACAUCAUAUAUGGGACUUGCAAAUAACCAACGAAAGAUGGGCUGGAUUUCCGGUGAUUCUGGAAUUUUCCAGAACCCCGGAUAAUCCGGCCCCAGGCCACCCCGGAAUAUCCGGCCCGGCCGGAUUAUCCGCCCUAAGCUAGGGCCGGAUUAUCCGGCCUGGGCAGAUCUUGAAAGGGUUGAGUCGAGGGCGCAGGGGGCAAAACGGUUCAGACCUUCCCCCCCCACGCGCCUCUCUCCUCUUUCUCCUCUCAAGGCCGCCGGAUCUCCUCCUCCUCGCCGGAGACGCUCCAUCCGCCCCCUCUCGGAGUUCUUGGGUGGAUCGGGUGCACCUCCUCCCUAGCUACCUUCUCCACCAAGCGGUUUCCACAAUGGAUGUGGGUGGUGCUUCUCGGGGUGGUCGGAGACGCCAGAGGCAUGAUCGAUCUAGUGACGAGUUUGCACCCAAUGCUCCUCGCAAGUCGGUCACUUCAAGAAGGAAGAACAAGGAAGUGAGGGAGAACUACAAGGCCAUGGAUCCAGUUUCUUAUUCCGCUAUCCGCUUGAAGAACUGGUAUGAAGAUGUGCCAAGGGAUGAAGAGAUAGAGGGCAGGAGAUAUUGGUGCAUGGAGCAAAUGUACAUCUACAAGGACAUCUAUGAGCCAAUGAAGAAUCUGAGACCCAUGCAAGCCAUUGAUGUGGACAUUCUAGCUGAAAACGAUCACUUUGAAGAUGCUAUCUGGGUUGUUGGAAGAAUGGGCUUGAAAGAUAUCAUGAAGAUUCAAUGUGACUAUAGCCCAGAGUUGGUGAAGCAAUUCUUUGCCACUUUGGCAAUCAAGACUGAUGAGGAACGCACUAUGGAAUGGAUGUCCGGCUCCACACCGCUGCGGUGCCACUCUGCGCCGCUUUGCCGGUAUUCUUGGAGUCCCUAUUGA